AUGGCCAACACGCGGCCAUAUACCCGCGAUGAGCUCAAGUCGCUACGCCGGGCAGAUCUGCAGACGCUUUUCAAAGUACACAAAUUGAAAGGCGCAACUGGCACCAGUGCGGUUCUGAUUGAUCAUCUUGUCGACUUUUUCGCUUCGCCAGCUUAUCAAGACGCCUACCCGCCACCGACGAAUUCGCAAGCAUCUCAAGGCACCGUGCAAGGAAACGCUGGGAAGAGGGAAAUAAUGUACAAGGCUUUGCCUCAGAGGACUGCUGUCGCCAAGGGAGCCGCUGGGGGAGUGCGACGGAAAGCUGAAGGGGCUACUGUGCGGGCUGGGACCAAGGGUGCCGCACCUACGACGGCGCCGGUUGCUGCUCCAAAGCAAGCACCAAGAGCGGCAUCGAGGAUGGCUGGGACAGUGAGGAAGAGAGGGCAGCCUCAGAAGGAAGUGCAAGAAGAGGUGGUGCAGGAGGAUGCAUCGGCGGGACAGGAAGAAGCUUCAAUACCCGCCAACCAGCCCCCAGUCUUCACUCCCCGACCAUCAGCUAUACCACAACCGAUAUCGUCCUCCCCACCUUCAAUACAAGAACCAGCUGCUCCACCUCUGACGUUGGCAGAUGUACAAACAAUAUUGAGAGAGAAUGACGAAAAGUGGAAAGAUCAGCUACAGGCUGUUGAGGCCCGUCUGGGACAAGAAGUAGAACGGUUACGGAGUGAGGUGCAGGAUGUGAGACGGAAAUGUGAAGAGCUAGAACGGGCAGAGCGGGCUCGCGCUCCCAGACCAUCCAGUACCACACCAGGCCACCCGAGUAUCCUUGGAGGGCAGAACGCUCCAUACACCUCUCAUCAACGGUCAGCGUCAGUGCCCUGGUCUGGGUCAUAUUCAUCUCUCGGCAAGCGGCGGCAUCCGCACGAACGUGUCGAGAGUGAAGAUGCCGAGGCCAAACGCGUACGAUUCAACGCCAAUCGUGCCGGUGAGCCAGCAUCGGAUGCCACCACAUCUGAUGCUCAGAGCCAGCCUCGCACGCCGUCUCCUCGUCAAGCGCCUUCAUCCUUUCCCCCAAACUUUUUCGCGCAGCCUGCUCUGCCUGCUACGACAAGUUCCCAGGCCAGUGUCUUGCCCAGGACACCUUCUCCCUCCCGUCAAGGCAUCGUUCCAGACAACUCUCAAACGCCCAGGCCGCCAUCGGAAUGGCGUGCACAGUACGAGUAUGCGCCCGAGACUGGGCCCCUUCGUACACCGUACAACAUUGAACGUACACCAGAAUUCGCCACAACGCCAGAACCUCCCCUGCGCGGCGACAUCAGUCCAUCUUUCGACGGUGGUGUACUAGGUGGAAGGCUGACGCCGGGUCACAUUAGACAGAACCUGCCUUCGACGCCUGAUCAGCCGGAUGAAGAGGACUUCGCGCCGAGUGGGAUCGCAUUGUCGACAGUGACGGAUCUGGAGAGGAUUGACGAGAGUGAAGAGCUCCCUCCUAGCCGACAGACUUCUCCUGCGAGCCAUCUGAGAGCACAGGCCAAGGCGGUCCUUGGCCUCGGUGUGGGAGCCACCCCGAGCUCUGCCUCUCCCAAGCCUCAACCUAGAUCCAUAUCUGUCCCGAACCAGCCUACCACACCUUCCCUGUUGGGCCAGCACUCGCUCCUCGGCCCUCCUGCAUUCAUCGCCAGGACAAGAGCAGGCUCCGAACGCCCCUCCUUUUCCGCCCGCGCCCAAACGCACUCGCCUCCACCCCGUCCCCGUUCUGCUUCAGCAGUGCACCGUCCUUCCGGAGGAGGCCCAGGGCGCAGGACGCCGUCCAAUUCGAGACAUGCGUCGCCGGCACUGUUGGCGACUGUGAUACCGACGGAGAGGGAUGAGUCGAGGGUGAGGUCGGCGUCGGCGGAUUACAUGCGGAUUGCAAAGUAUGGGUUUGAGACGAGCUGGGAUACCAUUGACGAUGCGGACUUGUCACCCACUGCUCUGCCCAUACAUCGCCCCACGCCCACCUUCUCCACAAUCACCCUGCCUGCCCCGUCAUCUAUAGCCACCGACACCCCCGGCCCUGGUGGUAGUGGUAGCGGUCCCGCCGGCGCAGGCGCUGCCGAGAGAACGAGGUGGAUCAAGAAGGACGAGGUGGCGACGCCGGGGCAGAGGACGUUGUUGGGGACGGAGAGGUAUAAUGAUACGCGGUUUGGGGAUAUGCCGGUUGGCUUUUGGGCGCAGCCUGGGGUUGAUCUGGGUACGCCUGGGACGCCGUUCUGA